GGACCGGCAAUAGUGUCACUAAAGCGCAGUAAAAGAGAAGAGAGGAAAGUCAAAGGGGAAGUUAAGCUCGAAGUUACUGAACCAUAAAGACGAAUAGAAAGCCCCCUCAAACGAUAUGAUCAUUGAAACGACGGCGGAUGACUUAGGAGUCCUGAUGGACCAGGAGGGCGUGAUGACAGGCAGCCCGUGGAGUUUGUGGUCUUUCUUCGGAAACUCCUCGUCCCCGCCCGAGUCUGUCGGAGCCCGGUCUCCCGAGUCACCGAGUUCCGACUCCGACUCGGGAAAAACCUGGACAGUCACUCGCAGCCACAGCGAAACCUGCGCCUUUAAGAAAGGAGCACAGGGCGAUUCUUUGACCGUGACCGCGAAUCUGAAGGCGACGUACCAAGGCGUCCGAGUCAAGAACCCAGUCAAGGAGCUGAUCAUGCAGAAGCGCGGCAUGCAGGUGAGACUGUUCUCUAAAGGAGUCGAUAACUGCUCAGCUUUGACCACAGAUCAGCAAGGCAUCAACCGGCCAGCUUUAAGAUCCCCUCCUGGCAUUUCCAGCCCUAAGAAGCCAGCCUCAUGCCAGUACAGCCCGGUCAUCGUCCCCGACACUUAUCUAGGCAACAUCCAGGUGCUCUGUUGUCAUGGCGACGUGGAUGGUCCCCUAAAGGAUAAUGUCCAGAGCCCAGAGCACUUCCUGGGCAUUUGUGACAUUACGAGUGACAGCAGAGAGUGUUCCCCCGUUUCCUUGAUGACGGUGCAGGUACAGGAGAGCCCCUGCCCCCCCCAGAUGGACCUGGUUGGAAGCCCCCCCCAGAUGAACUUUCUGUCACAAAAACAGGAGCCAUCGCCUUAUCUCCCCAAUGACAAUUUGUCCUUUUACACCCCCCCAAAAUCCAUGCCCUCGUGUCUCCAUGAACAGAAUCAGGUCCCCAGCUACUUGCCCCAGACAGGCAUCACCGGUCCUUUCCCCACUCCCUUCACUCCCCAGCCAGAUCCUGCGGCCUUUUCCAUGCCGUUCACUACCCCAUCCACACAGAUCUUGGGGGGCAUGUCCUUCUUCCAGUGGCAGAUCCGUCAGGAGGAGGAAAAGCUGCAGAGACUGACCCCAGAUCAGCUGGCAGUGCAGGACGGAGACGGUGACACGAUCCUGAACAUCGCAGUGGCACAGGGGAGGCGGGCGCUGGCCUUCGUUCUCGCCAGGAAGAUGGCCGAAAUCGGCAUGUUAGACAUCAAGGAGCGUAACAGUCAGAGUGCCCUGCAGGUGGGCGUGGCCGCCAACCAGCACCUGAUUGUGCAGGACCUCCUGACACUAGGAGCUCAGAUCAACACUUUUGACCAAUGGGGGCGAACGCCGCUUCAUGUUUGUGCUGAGAAAGGCCAUGCCCUAAUGCUCCAGGCCGUACAGAGGACCAUGCAGGCCAGCAUGCAGCAAGUGGACAUGGAGGCCAUCAACUAUGAAGGUCUGACAGCACUUCACGUGGCGGUGCUGUCCCACAAUGCCGUGAUCCAGGAACUGGAGCAUGUUUCCCCGCUGAGCCCCCAGGCUGAGACGCUGUUGCAAAAGCGGAAGUUUCUAGGGGAGUGUGUCAGCACCCUGAUGGCCAUGGGAUCCUCCUACAAGAGCAAGGAUCGUAAAAGUGGGCGGACUGCGUUACACAUUGCCUCGGAGGAGGCCAACGUGGAGCUUCUUCGCCUCUUCCUGGACCAGCCCGACUCCUUAUCUGUCAUAAAUGAGAAGACAUACAAUGGAAACACCGUGCUCCACGUAGCCAGCUCCCUGCAGGGCCGGGUUGCCCAAGUGGAUGCUGUCAAGCUGCUCAUGCGCCGUGGUGCCGACCCCAGCGCCAAGAACCUGGAGAACGAGCAGCCCAUCCAGUUGGUUCCGGAGGGACCCCAGGGGGAUCAGGUGGGUCACUGCGCUAUCCAUCUCAGUCCUCAAUAUUCCUCUGUGUCAUCUGUACCUAACAUCACACCAUCAGGUGCUCUAUACAUUCUCAGCACACCUUCCUCAGGCACACAUGAUUGACUCCAAUUUUCAAGACAUCAGCCCCCUUGUCUUAGUCUACUGAUGACUCCUUCCAGUUCAUAUUCCCUUCCAAGACCCAUUGAUCCGUCUUGAUCUAGUAUACAACCCAGAAUUAUGUACAAUCCACCUGUGAGUACCUUAGGAAUCCAUAAUGAGUUGAGCGGUUGAUGCCGUCAGAUUUGUUGCGUUUUCUCUGCGUCUGUGUCACUCUACAGUCUCUUUUUUGUGCAUUUCCAAGACAGUGAAGCAUCUCCACCUUUGUGUCUGUGUCCAUAGGUACGGAGAAUCCUGAAGGGCAAGGAAUCCCAAAUCCGAUCCAUUCUGUACUAAUCCCGCAUUUGUGAGAAUCACUGUCAGUCAGGCAGUCCCAGUUUGCUGUAAAUAAUCAUUUGCCGGUAUGAGGCAGAUGUCAGUUGUUUCCAUGAAACAAAGUUAUUAUAGUUUGCUGCUGUGCAGUUCAUCAUAAAAAAGGAAAGAAAAAAAAAGUCAGUGAAACGUCUCAGGAUUUAACGGGAUAGUUUAGCGAAAGGGAGUGUGGGGGAAUUUCCAUGGAUCCCUGGUGUAACACCUGGAGUAAUUAACGGUGUGGGGGGGGAUCCAGAUUGGUUAAUCAUCUACAACCAGCAGUCACGUCGGUCAUGUAGGCACCAAGUUAGGAGUUAGCGAUUUACAUGGAAGCAAGUCCGGACAAUGCAGUGGAAAGUAUUCGGCUCUGAUAGUUUGCAGCUUCAUGUUUUACAACCGUUCUAGAUGGUUAUCACGCUAAAAUAAAAACAAUGAAACAUACAAACACUGGCAAGCCGCAGCGUUGACAAUGCAGACGUGCCGCUUCUUUGGGAACAUACAGGAACCGACAGAGAUGCACGCAGAAGUGCAACAAUGACUGUCGCAGACUCUCAGUGACCGUAAUGUCACACCUGUGAAGCGACUGAUCGUGAGAUUACAGGAUUUAAUUGCUGUUCCCAUUACUUGCAAGCAAAGUCUACAAAACUCAUGACAAGCUCCAUCCCAGAAAUGAGUUCUGGUAACUGAACGCCACAGUGUCUGUGAUCUCUGAGACGACAAUUCGCCUAAGCAGUUAGUUUUAUAGCAUCGUAUUGAAACAAAAAAUAUUCCUGCAUUUUAUCUACAGUUUAAUCAAAGAUGAUGUAAAUAAUGGCAAGACAAGUAGAUACACAGAUUUUAUUGUAAUAUGGAUUUUGGAGGUGGGUUUGUUAAUGCACAUAGACUCCGGUAUUAUCUUAAUAAUAGCAGUCCUAGAUGAAACUUCUCUAUGUUGUGAAAGAGUCGGGUUUUCAGUCUGACAAUCGGCUGUUUGCUCAGAUGAUGACGUUCCUCUCUGUAAAAAAGUAUGUCUUGUAGACAAAGAUUUCAUUUUUUCCUGUCUGUGUAUAUAUUUUUUGAUCAUUAAAGAACAAUUGAAUCCAUA